ACGUGAAGUGCGGCCUCUCUCGUGUCCCUUGGAAGGAAGGAAAGAAGCACAGCACUUUCUCAGUCUCUGAUGUCGCUUAGAUUCGGUCACAUCACAUUAACCACAGAGAAUCUCUGAUCUCAGGGCUGAGCAGGAAGCUCCUGACAUCCAGCCUCUGAGCUCGGUGAAGUCCCCUGUGCCCUCAUCUUCAGGGGAGGAGGUCCUCGCUCUCCCACAGGCUGUCGUGAGGACCAGAAGCAGGAUUGGGCGGUGGGUCUCUGCAUUCGUUUGCUCUCAUCCUGUCAUUAAUUCAAGUGACUGUCAGUGAAAAUCACUCGGCAAGUGGGGAAGGCGCUGUGCGCUCCGGACGGCUCCCGCGGCACCGGCUGUGGGGAGGAUCCUGUGCGGGUUGGGGGGCUGUGGAUUCUGUCUCCCUCCUCGGUCAGAGGUGAGCAGAGCGUGUCAUCUGUCCCCCUGAGGGUCCCACGGUCCGUGCUGGGAGGAAGGAGUCCUCAGUGGGGCUGUGAAUUACAGUCACGAGCACUGCUUUUGUAGGUCACGCCCCCUUUUGGGGGGGAAACGCCAGAGAAACCGUUUCAUCGUUUUCAGUUUUGUGGCCUUGCCAGCCCCCCUUUUAUUUCUGGGGCGCCUGACCAGAGUUCUCGAGGAGUCCUGAUGAAGGAAGCAAAGAGGCCUGGCGGCCUGCUCGUCUGUGGUGCACACGUCCUGGGAGGAGCCGUGGGGCCGUCUGUCUUCCUUCCUGACAGAGUGACUCGCGGGCCCGUCUGUAUCCCGGCGUGAGCAGAGCAAAAGCCGCCCCCACGCCAGGGGAGAGUAUAACGUUUACAGCACCUUUCAAAGCCAUGAACCAGAGUUUGACUAUUUGAAAAGUCUAGAAAUUGAGGAAAAAAUAAAUAAAAUUAGGUGGUUACCACAACAGAAUGCUGCUCAUUUUCUCCUCUCUACAAAUGGUUCCAACAUUGAAGCCCAUGGACCUUAUGGUAGAAGCAAGUCCACGACGGAUUUUUGCGAAUGCUCACACAUACCAUAUCAAUUCCAUUUCAGUAAAUAGUGAUCAUGAAACAUAUCUUUCUGCAGAUGACCUGAGAAUUAAUCUAUGGCAUUUAGAAAUCACAGACAGGAGCUUCAACAUUGUGGACAUCAAGCCCGUGAACAUGGAGGAGCUGACGGAGGUGAUCACCGCGGCCGAGUUCCACCCGCACCAGUGCAACGUGCUGGUCUACAGCAGCAGCAAGGGCACCAUCCGCCUGUGUGACAUGCGCUCCUCGGCCCUGUGCGACAGACACUCCAAGUUCUUUGAGGAACCGGAAGACCCCGGCAGCAGGUCCUUCUUCUCGGAGAUCAUCUCCUCCAUCUCCGACGUGAAAUUCAGUCACAGCGGCCGGUACAUGAUGACCCGAGACUACCUGUCGGUGAAGGUGUGGGACCUCAACAUGGAGAGCCGGCCCGUGGAGACGCACCAGGUGCACGAGUACCUGCGCGGCAAGCUGUGCUCCCUGUACGAGAACGACUGCAUCUUCGACAAGUUCGAGUGCUGCUGGGGCGGCUCGGACAGCACCAUCAUGACCGGCUCCUACAACAACUUCUUCAGAAUGUUCGAUCGCAGUACACGGAGGGACGUCACGCUGGAAGCUUCCCGGGAGAACAGCAAGCCCCGGGCCAGCCUGGAGCCGCGGAAGGUGUGCGUGGGCGGGAAGAGGAGGAAGGGCGAGAUCAGCGUGGACAGCCUGGACUUCAACAAGAAGAUCCUGCACGCGGCCUGGCACCCCGCGGAGAACAUCCUCGCCGUGGCCGCCACCAACAACCUGUACAUCUUUCAGGACAAGGUCGCCUAGGGGGGGCGGCGAGGGGCAGGGCCUGGCGGCGUCACCAUGUGUUCCCCCCCACCCCACGGCCUUAGGGGGCAGCCCGACCCCGCCCGGCCUGCGGCGGCCAGUGCUCAGUAAAGGCCGUCACUCAAAAUAAAUGUAUUUAUUUAAGUUGAGCCUUCCUUUCCAGUUUAUAGACCAAAAAGUAACACCCAGGAGAAGAGUGUCUGCACGGCCCGCCCCCACCCGCCCUGCACACUCGGGGACCCUCCCCUGAGGCCGGGCGGCCCGCAGGGGCUGGGCUGGGCAGGCGGCUCCCGCGGCUCUCACCUGCGCACCUGUGUCUGCCGCCACACCUCUGGUGCGGCCCCUGAAUAAAAGUGACCCGCUGUGGAAAGUGUUUUUAAAUCCAAGCUAAGUACCGGCUUUUUAUUGGCUUUAAUUGCAUAUAACGAGUCAUGCAGAAUUAGGCUCUGAACACUCUGAAGACUUCGGCAGGACGGUGUAAUUUCUUUUUCUCUAGAAGUCGGCCAGGCGACGCGCCAGGUCAGGCGGGGGGAGCCCCUCGGAGGGCUCAAGGGCAGACAGGUGCGGCGGCACCGGCGACACGGGCGUCCAGGGAGCCUCGCGGUGCGCGUCCAGCCCGCAGGACGGACGGCCCUCCUUACCGCCCCACCCCGCCCCUGCUGGUGCCGGAAAUCGGGAUCGCCCGAGGGAGCCUCCGGCGGCGUGACCGGAGCUCACUGGGAUGUCCCACGCGGGCCGAAGCAGCGUCCUGCGCCGCGCACCCGCUGCUCCUGGCUCCUGGCUCGAAGGCGUAUUUUGAUGGCGAGCGGCACCGAUCCGCGAUCCGCGAGAGCGAGGGUCUUGUUACUGAGCGACUGUCCUUACCCCGAGGCGACGGGGGGGGCUCCGCUGCAGCUCCCAUCCAGUUAGAAGCAGGAGACCCUCAGUCUACCCGGAUGUGCGCCGGGGCCGAGGCCCAGCCCCGAGGCCCGAAGCAGAGCUCUCCACGGACUUGUCCUCGCGGUCCUCUGCAAAACAAAGCAGUUCUAACAGAAUUGUAUGUAUUUGUUCAACUAUUUUGACCAAGAAGUUUAAUAAAUUUUAACUGUUUCA